GCCGCAGACGUCAGGGGACCCGCCGCGCGAGGCCGCGGUCCGGCGCUCUGCCCGUGGGCUCGGCCGGGGCUGCCGCCAGCGUGCGGGCCGCGCCGGGCAUGUCCUAGGCGGCGGCCCCGCCCAGCGCUCGGCCGGGCGGGCGGAGGGCCGGGCUGGGCCGGACAGCGAUCAGGAGGGUGAGCCGCGGCCCUGGCGGGAGCACAGGGCCAGGCUGGCCUCCUCAGUGCCAAGAUGAGUGUCACAUCAUGGUUCCUGGUGAGCAGCAGUGGCACCCGCCACCGGCUCCCGAGGGAGCUCAUCUUCGUGGGCCGCGACGAAUGUGAGCUUAUGUUGCAGUCCCGUAGCGUGGACAAGCAGCAUGCCGUCAUCAACUACGACCAGGACCGUGAUGAGCACUGGGUGAAGGACCUGGGCAGCCUCAAUGGGACAUUUGUGAAUGACGUGCGCAUCCCAGACCAGAAGUAUAUCACACUGAAGCUCAAUGAUGUCAUCCGCUUUGGCUAUGAUUCCAACAUGUAUGUGCUAGAGCGCGUGCAGCACCGAGUCCCUGAGGAGGCGCUCAAGCACGAGAAGUACACCAGCCAGCUGCAGGUGAGCGUCAAGGUCUCUGCCCCCAAGAGGGGGGAGGUGCUGCCGGAGCACACGCCGUACUGCGAGUCCUCACAACUCAGGCCGGAGAAAGGGGACCGGAGACAUGGAGCAGAGGCGGUAGCUUACCGCACGCCCUUGUACGGCCAGCCCUCCUGGUGGGGUGAGGACGACAGUACCACUCCAGCUGAAGACCGGCACCAGGAGGAGCCCUAUCCAGAGCACCCCAAAGAUGCGGCACAGCAAGAUGGUGAUUUAGACGGCUGCCGUGCUCCCGCCGAGCCUCCGGACUACUCGUUCAGACGUGAGCCCAGCUACUUCGAGAUCCCCACCAAGGAAGCCCCACAGCCACCACGGCUCCCCGAGAUGCCAACACAGGAAGUGCCCACAAAGGACCAGGAGGCAGGUGGUAGCGGGACAGCCCCUGUAGUACAGAGCCACGCCUCCUUCACCAUUGAGUUUGAUGACUGCAGCCCAGGCAAGGUGAAGAUCAAAGACCACAUCACCAAGUUCUCCCUGCGCCAGCGGCGGCCCCCAAGCAAGGAGGCCACACCUGUGGAGAUGGUCUCUGCCGAAACCAAGGUAGCGGACUGGCUGGUGCAGAAUGAUCCGAGCCUGCUGCGCCGGGAUGGCCCAGGGGAUGACCGCCACAGCACCAAAAGCGACCUUCCUGUCCACACCCGUACCCUGAAGGGCCACAAGCAUGAGGAUGGCACACAGAGCGACUCAGAGGACCCCUUGGCCAAGGCGGCUUCGGCUUCGGUGUCUGGAGCCCCAACAGAGGCCGGUGGGGAGCAGGUGCGGCUGCAGAGGCAGAUCAAAAGGGACCCCCAAGAGCUGCUGCACAACCAGCAAGCCUUUGUCAUCGAGUUCUUUGACGAGGAUACACCCCGCAAGAAACGCUCACAGUCUUUUACACACGCCCCACCCACAGACCCCAAGGCGGACAAGCGCCGGGCCGCUGGGGCUGCUGACAGAGAGCGUCCUGGCGUCACAGUCCGUGCAGCUGCCCCCAGCAGCAGCUCGGGACCACAGAGGGCCAGCUCCCUCAAGCGAGAGAAAACUGAGGAGCGCCUGGGCAACACUUCCCCCGUCCCCCGAGCCUCCACCCGCCCCUUUGGCAGUGUGGGGCGCCGCUCCCGCCUGGCCCAGGACUUCAUGGCCCAGUGUAUGCGGGACAGCUCCCCGGCCCCCAGGCCCGGCCCUGAGAAGAUGCCUCCGGUGCUGCCCGCCCCCUUGACACCACGGGGGGCCAGCCCCGUGACCCCCUCAACCACCCCACCGCCUCCCAUUGACCCUCAGCUGACCAAGGCGCGGAGGCAGGAGGAAGACGACAGCCUUAGCGACGCCGGCACCUACACUAUCGAGACUGAGGCGCAAGACCGAGAAGUAGAGGAGGCUCGGAAGAUGAUCGACCAGGUUUUUGGGGUGUUUGAAGCUCCUGAACUCUCCAGAGUGUCCUCAGCUACCUUCCGUCCAGUCAUCCGAGGUGACAAAGAUGAAUCCACUGAUGGGGCUAUGGCCCAGCGGAUGGCUUUGCUGCAAGAGUUCGCCUCCCGAGCACCGGGCAUGGCUCCCCAGAUGGAGCAACAGAGCCUCUUGGUCCCAGGCUCCCCUGGGGGUCAGAAAUGGGUUUCCCGAUGGGCUAGCCUAGCUGACAGCUACUCAGACGCUGGCUUGGCAGAGGACGGUCCUGGGCGCAGAACUGGAGAGCCUGAGGGUCCCCUGCCUGUGCGCACUCGGCGACUGCUCCCUCAGUUGCCCAGUGACAGGGCUGAUAGCCCAGCAAGUCUUGAAGCUGCCAGGCGGAGUGGCGCAGGGCCACCGGAGCUUGGCAGUGAGCAGGCAAACCGCCUUAUAGGCCAAGAAGACCUGGACCCUGAUAGCCUCAGUGAUGCCAGCGGGUCAGAUGGCGGCCGAGGCCCAGAACCAGGCACAGACCGGCAGGAGGAACUAGCGUGGGCCAGGGGCCGGCGCUCACCAAGGGCCCCUGGGGAGCUGGCCCCCACCUCUUUCUUCAUUGGUGAUCAGAAUGGAGAGGCCACCUUCCCCAAGAAGUCAUUUGUGGCUCCUGGGGAGGUGGACGGCCCGGGACGGAUAGUCCAGACGAGCCCUUCGGCAAGAGACAGCCUCCACGUCAGUGCCAAUGGGAGGAUGGUGAUACAGCUACGCAGUGGGCGCUCCCCAGAGCCUGACCCGGCCCCGCCAAAGGAGGCUCUGGCCUUUGCCCGGCAAGAGAGCUUCACCAAGGAGCCGACCAGUGGCCCCCCAGCACCUGGCAAGCUCCCUCACAUUUCCAGCCACCCGCUCCUCCAAGACUUGGCUGCAGCCCGAGCCUCGCGGACGGACUUCCACACGCAGGACACUCAGCUGAUCUUGAAGGAGACGGAGACAGCCCUGGCAGCCCUGGAGGCCCAACUACGCUCCAAGUCUGCAGGAGCGUGCGGGGGGGGCAGCACCCCCAGGCCUCCAGAGGACUCCUUGUCCGGGGAUUCAGAUGUGGACACAGCCAGCACCAUUAGCUUGCUCAGCGGCAAGAAUGGACCGAGCCCAACAACCCCCCAGACUCCAGGGCCGCAAAAGGAGACCCUGCUGUCUCCACCAGCGAUGCCAGACCCAGGGGGUGCUACCCAGGGCAGUGCCCGAGAGCGGCUCUCAGAGAGACAGCAUCGCCCGCCAGGCCAUGCAGACUCGGGCCAAGGAGAGCCGUCAAGGCGCCUGGCCAUGCGGCGUGGCCAUGGGUCUCGAGGGUCUCUGGACUGGCCCGAAGAGGAGCGAGGCUCUGGCCUUGCCCACCUGCCCAACUCUAACCACGAGACGCCUGAGGCCACUGUGGCAGGUCGACAAGGGCCUCGCAGGAAACCCGUGGCUCCCCCACCAUCCCCAGCUGCCCGGGAGGAACAAGGCCGCACCUCCACUGCUGCUCAGAAGGUGCAUCAGGCCCUGACCCGCUCCAACAGCCUGUCCACCCCAAGGCCCACCAGGGCCUCCCGGCUCAGGCGGGCCCGUUUGGGGGAUGCCUCGGACACUGAGGCUGUGGACGGUGAACGGGGGACCGCUGUCAACCCUGAGCCAGCAAACCGGCCAGCCCCUGAGCAGGCCAAGAAACUGACACGCUUGGACAUCUUGGCCAUGCCCCGCAAGCGGGCAGGCUCCUUCACAGGGCCCAGUGACUCUGAGACAGCCCCUGCCCGCACUGGCUUCUCUGGCCGAAGUGCUGAGCUCUACAGCACCAGCCGUAAGCCCACGAUAGCCGAGGCCCGUGCCGCUGCCAAGAAGGCUGCUGCUACUGCUGCCAACACAGGCCCCCGCCAACCCUUCAGCAGGGCUCGCCCAGGCAGUGCCAGAUAUUCUUCCAACACGCGGCGGAGGCAGCAGGGUUCGGACUACACGUCCACCUCUGAGGAGGAGUAUGGGUCCCACCACAGCUCCCCUAAACACACACGCUCCCGUGCCUCGACAGCCACGCAGACCCCGAGGGCCGGCAGCUCUGCCCGGGCGCGCUCCCAGGCCCCGGGCCCCCGGGACACAGACGAGGAUGAGGAAGAGCCUGACCCCUAUGGCUUCAUCGUGCAGACAGCAGAAAUCGCAGAGAUUGCUAGGCUAAGCCAGACACUAGUGAAAGAUGUGGCCAUCCUGGCCAGGGAGAUUCAUGAUGUGGCCGGGGAUGGGGACUCACUGGGCUCACCAGGACCUACUCGCAGCCCAUCACUUGGGAAUGUGCCCCACACCCCUGCCUCCACCAUCUCAGCCCGGGAAGAGCUGGUACAGCGCAUUCCAGAGGCCAGCCUCAACUUCCAGAAGGUGCCGCCUGGCUCCAUGAACUCUCACAACUUGGAUCAGAACAUGAACAACAGCCGUGAGGAUGCCCUGGCCAACAAAACGAGGCCUCGGAACCGUGAGGAGGUGAUCUUUGAUAACCUGAUGCUAAACCCGGUGUCCCAGCUGUCGCAUGCCAUUCGUGAAAACACGGAGCAUCUUGCUGAGAAGAUGAAGAUCCUCUUCCAGAAUACAGGCCGGGCAUGGGAGGACCUAGAGGCCAGAAUCAAUGCUGAGAAUGAAGUGCCCAUCCUGAAGACAUCCAACAAGGAAAUCAGCUCCAUCCUGAAGGAACUUCGACGUGUUCAGAAGCAGCUAGAAGUCAUCAAUGCCAUUGUGGACCCCAGCAUGAACCUUGAUUUGCUCAUGGGAAACAGGGUUCCUACAGGGUCCAGUCAGCCAGGACUUGGGAAAGCCAGGCCAACAGCUCAGAGUUCAACUUCACCUGCCUCGGUGGACACCUUGCUGCCAGCCCUGCCUCUCAUGAGCUUCCCACAACGGGCAAGCUGUGGGCCCCCCGGCCUCCCAGAGCCUGCCUUCCUUCCUGAUGCUGAGAGGUUCCUGAUCUAAGCCGAGAGGCGGGCAAGGCUAGCCUUCUUCUGCGCGUGUGUUCUGUACCUGCCUGUGCAUCCCGUGGCCCACCUGCCUGGCUGCAGGCGGUUCUCUGUGAAAACCCCAUAUGUGCCAUAACCCCAUGGAUGGGUGCCUCCCAUGCCCAGCACCCCAACCACUUCAUCCAGCUCAUGGCCACCCCUCCACAGGCCUCCUAGCCUAGCCCCUGGGCUGUCCAUUGCCAAGGGCAGCUGUUGAGGCCUCUUAUUCACCCCCACUCCAUCACUGUUGUCUUCUCAUUAGCUGUGAAGGAAAGAGUACGUUACGCCAUUGCUGGACUCCACCAGGCCCGACCUAGGUGCAGCUCCAGCCUGAGAGGCCCUGUCUCAUCCCUGUGUGCUGGCUUGAGGCCAGACAGAGAAAGGGGCUGGACCCUGGGGCCAGUCAGUGCCAAACACACUGUCCAGGAAGGAGGCCGCUUGCUCUGUGGCUCCCACCUGAGUCCAGCUGGAGAUGCUGCAACGCCCAUCAGCCUGGGCAGAUGAGUGGUUCAUGGAGGUGUUUGGGGCAGGGACCCCACGGCUCUAAGCCUUUGGUGCCAACACAACUGCCAAACCCCUUGAGUUUGGGUACUGUCCCAGCAAGCCCUCCUGAGUUGAUUCAUCCCAACUAGGGACCCUGGGCUUCCUGACAGCGGCACUGGGUGGAGCUGGGUGGGCAAGCAGCCCCUUCAGUUAUAGUGAGUGUUAGAAAAAGAGAUUUGGAAGCUCCUGGCUUUGUGAUCUAAACCACGUACCUGCCCCUGCCAUCCUGGAUGGUGUGGGCACGGUGUGGCUACUGCAGCAGGCUCCCGUGGCCUGAUCCUUUGUGGGGGUCUGGCAGGGACAGGCCCGCUACUGGUUAUGCUUUCUCAGGAUUUGUUCGGCUGGGGCCUGCCGGGGGAGCAGAUGUGGCCGCUGCCGCUGCCCCUUGCUGGUGUUUCUGGAGGCACUAAGCCAAAGAGCCUGUUGCCUGGAAUGGGAUGGGGAGAGUGCCAUAUCGACCAGGCUGGCGUGGGUGUGCUCGGUACCCUGCCUGGCAUUUGUGUGGGAGUUGCUCCUGAACAGGACCAAUCCGCUGGGGAGAGGUAGCUGCGCCGGGGGACCCAGAGACCUCAGGUAGCAUGGGUCCCCCUGUUUACACUUAGCUGAUAGAGAAUCAUGCACCGGUCCUGUGUGCCUCUGCCCAGCCCACCUGAUGUUUACGUGUGCGUGUGUGUGUGUGUGUGUGUGUGUGUGUGUGUGUGUGUGUG